AUGUCCAAAGGAAAAUUUGUUGUAUUUGAAGGACUGGAUAGGUCUGGAAAGACAACGAUAGUUAACACUCUGUAUGAAAGUCUACUUCCAACAGUAUCUGUCAACAAGAUCAGAUUUCCAAAUAGAAAUGGGUGUGUAGGGAAGGUUAUAGAUGAAUAUCUUCAAAAGAAGAUUAGUCUGAAGAACGAAACCAUUCAUUUGCUGUUUAGUGCAGAUAGAUAUGAGCACAAAGCCAUGAUCGAAGAACUCAGGAAGGACAGCAUAGUCCUCUGCGAUCGCUACUCUAUGAGUGGGGUAGCAUACUCUGUGGCCAAGGGCCUGAGCCUGGAUUGGUGUGCCAUGUCUGAAUCUCUUCUUCCUAAACCCGACCUAACGGUGUUCAUAGAUGUCCCCAUGGACGAGAUAUGCAGAAGAAAAGAAUUUGGAAAGGAAAUCCAUGAUAGUAUCACAUUUCUAAAGAAAGUUUUCCUUGCAUAUCAAAUACUUCUUAAAGAAGAAAAAAAUGUCUUUAUUGUCGAUGGAACACUUCCUAUAGAUGAGAUUAUCGAAAUUGUGAAAAAAAAGAUAUUUGAGUAG